UAUUAGCGCAUCUUUGUAACGAAACCAACUGCCAGCCGUGCGCGUGCAUGCGUGUGUGCGUGUAACCCACUUGGAUUUAAACCUCACUGAGUGAUCGUGGAAUGACUCACUACUCCUCUACUACCGCGGCGGUGAACGCGCUCUCGCCCUGCGCGUCGUGGACCAGCAGUGGGGACUGAUGAGGAUGCGGCUGGGCGCGCGGCGGGCACCUGUGCUGCUCUCCUCACAUCACCACCACCGGUAGAUCCUGAGAUCCUGUCCGGUGCUGCGGCGUCCACAGGGGAAACACCAGUCAUUAUUUAUUUAUUUAUUUAUUAUUUAUAUAUUUAUUUAUCAUUAUUAUUGAUUUAAUACCCGGAUCCGCGCCACCAGCAGCCUGACAGAUGGAUAACUACUCGACUUUACAACUGCAGUGUCUGGAAAUGACCACUAAGCGGAAGCUGAUUGGCCGGCUGGUGCCGUGCCGUUGUUUCCGUGGUGAAGAGGAAGUGAUCUCAGUGUUGGACUACUCCCACUGCAGCCUGCAGCAGGUCCCCAAAGAAAUCUUCAGCUUUGAGAGGACUCUGGAGGAGCUCUACCUGGACGCCAACCAGAUUGAGGAACUACCCAAGCAACUCUUCAACUGCCAGGCCUUGAAGAAGCUAAGCAUGCCUGAUAACGACCUGUCCAACCUGCCCACCACCAUAGCAAGCCUGGUCAACCUCAAAGAGCUGGACAUCAGUAAAAAUGGUAUCCAGGAGUUUCCGGACAAUAUAAAAUGCUGUAAAGGUCUGUCAGUGGUGGAGGCCAGUGUCAACCCUAUCACCAAACUCCCAGAUGGUUUUACGCAGCUCCUGAAUCUGACCCAGCUCUUCUUAAACGAUGCCUUCCUGGAGUGUCUGCCGUCUAACUUUGGCAGACUCUCCAAACUACGGAUCCUUGAGCUGAGAGAGAACCACCUGAAAACCAUGCCAAAGUCCAUCCACAGACUGACACAGUUGGAGAGGUUGGAUCUGGGUAGCAAUGAAUUUUCUGAACUGCCAGAGGUUUUGGAACAAAUCCACAACUUGAAGGAGCUGUGGCUGGAUAACAACUCUCUUCAGUCAAUACCAGGGUCAAUAGGGAAGCUUCGUCAGUUGCGGUAUCUGGACUUGGCUAAGAAUCGCAUUGAGACGUUGGACACAGACGUCUCAGGCUGUGAGGCCUUAGAGGACCUGCUGCUGUCCUCCAACAUGCUUCAGCACCUCCCUGACUCUAUAGGGAUGUUGAAGAAGCUGACAACUCUGAAGGUGGACGACAACCAGCUGACCUCACUGCCCAACACCAUUGGGAGUCCGAAGCCCAAGCAAGGUCUGUCUCUGUUGGAGGAGUUGGACUGUAGUUGUAAUGAAUUGGAGUCGUUGCCUCCCACCAUCGGGUACCUGCACAGCCUGAGGACCUUCGCUGCUGAUGAGAACUUCCUCACAGACCUGCCCCGGGAGAUUGGCAACUGCAAGAACGUGACAGUGAUGUCGCUGCGCUCCAACAAACUGGAGUUUCUUCCUGAUGAGAUCGGACAGAUGACCAAACUACGAGUCCUUAACCUCAGUGACAACAGGUUAAAGAAUCUACCAUUUACCUUCACUAAGCUGAAGGACCUGGCAGCUUUGUGGCUUUCUGACAAUCAGUCCAAGGCUCUGAUCCCUCUGCAGACAGAAGCCCACCCAGAAACCAAACAGAAGGUUCUGACCAACUACAUGUUUCCUCAGCAACCACGACAUGACGAGGAUUACCAGUCGGACAGUGACAGCUUUAAUCCUACUCUGUGGGAGGAGCAGAGACAGCAGAGGAUGACUGUGGCCUUUGACUUUGAGGACAAGAAAGAAGAGGAGGACAACUCUGGGAAGGUCAAGGUGGAGAUAAACCUGAAGCGCUACCCAACACCCUACCCCGAGGACCUGAAGAACAUGGUCAAGUCGGUGCAAAGCCUUGUGGGGAAAAGCGUACACGCCGGGCACCAGCACCACCACCAGCAUCAGCAACAGCACCAGCAUCAGCAUCAGCAUCAACAUCAACAUCAGCAUCAGCAUCAGCAUCCGCACCAGCACCAGCUGAGCACAGGCACUGCCACGUCAGCAGGAACCAACAUGGAACACUCGCACCUCAGCAAAGAACAGUAUGAGCCGCCAUGGCCGCUACCGCCUAAAGAGCUGAUGUGUGACUCUGCGUACAUUUGCCAGGUGACAGACAGAGAGAUGCAGGACUUCUCUCAGUCUCAGCUCAUGGAUCAGGGAUCAAUGCAUAACUCUGGCAUCGACAUUCCCAAGAGGAAAGAUAAAGAGGAUUUGACCGAGAGCUCAGAGGACUCGAUGGGCGGCUCCCCCAACGACAUCCGUAUCUCUGACAUGAGGCCCACCCUGGUGGAACCACCCAUGUACAAACCUAAAGUGGUUCUGCUGGGAAAAGACAAGAAAGAAUCUACAGAUGAGGAGAUGGAUAAGCUCCACUGUCUGAACCACAGUGGAUCCUCCGCCACCUACUCAGACUACUCCCCCUCACAAGGCUCCUCGGGCUCCUCCAACCCGCCUGCCAACACGCACUCGCACUCACACACGCACUCACACACGCACUCUCACGCACACCCACACCCUCCUGCCCUGCCGACCCCCAGCAAGGACCAGGCCCCACAGACACACUGGACCAACAGACUGGCUCAGUCGUUCCCUAAGCCCAUUGACUCCAAGCCCCUGCUAUCCCAGAGAGAAACCCCUCCAUCAGGAACCCUGCAGCAGCGCGGCGAUCGACGCCCGCUCAGCGAGCCGUUUGACUGGUCCGAGGCUCCUCACUACGACAACACGGGUUUCGAUGCCGAGGAGUCUCCCCUGGACCCUCCGACAUCUACAAGUCAGGGGAACCCUCCGCUGGGCUCCAAGCCUCGCAGCCAGUCGACUCACGGACGCCGCCCACUCCUCAGGCAAGAGCGAAUCGUAGGAGUACCUCUGGAGCUGGACACCCAGACACUCCCCUACCACGGGAACCAACGCUCCACCCCUGACAAUGACCCGCAGUCCAACGCACCGCCACAGAAUCCCUGGCAGAACUGGACCAGAACUCCCAGCCCACUGGAGGACAGAACUGCUUUUCCCUCUAAGCUGGACAUGACGCCCAGCUCCAGCCCCAACCCUGACCGCAAGGAUAUGGACCCAAGGCGUGAACAAGGAGCAGGGCCGUUGCCAGGCAGCUGGACGUACCAUGACAAUCAGGGGGAUCAGAACAGGAAGGACCAGCUCACUGUCAGUGGGGGCAACAAGGUGACAGUGGUCAUGAGCAAGAGCUCCGACCGCCUUUCCCCCAUGAUGAAAGAGACGAGAUCCAGGUUUAAGAAGUCACAGAGCAUUGAUGAGAUUGACAUCGGCUCCUAUAAGGUCUACAGUAUCCCCAUGGACAGCUACAGCUCCAUCGAGCAGCAGACCAGUUUGGACCGGCAGGAUCUGCCAGGGUCUAUGGAGCAGACCAACAUGGCUCGAUCACAGUCCGCCCCCAUGUUAGACGAUGAGAUGGGCUUCCCAGGACACGGCAACCAGAACCAGUCAGGACAGAACCAAAAACCCGCCAUCCCACACAAAGCUUACCACUUUGACCAGAACUACAAUCCCCAGGUGACCAUGGACCGCCGGGUCCCUCCGCCCUUCCCCAACACACCCGAUUAUGUCAACCACGCGUCGAAGGCCUUGGAGUACAUCAAUCAGCCCGGGAAGACAUUACCGAAAGAGUUGGUGAGCCCUCGCUAUCGUGCAUAUCCUCCGCUGGAGAUGUUUUCUUUCCCCCAAGCGCCAAUCAACCAGGAUGGUCAGCAGCAGCAGCCAAUCCCGACGCAACGCUCCAGGCCCGGGUUUCUGAGGAGAGCAGAUUCACUGGUGAGCUCCACUGAACUCGCCUUGUUCCGCAGAGUCCAUGAGGCCCAGCAGGAGGCGCUGCAAGAGGCCCAGUACAGACAGCAGGCGGAUCCGCCUCUUUAUGGCCGAGCCCUCGCCUACUCCACCGCCAUGGAGCACGCCGCUCUCACCAACAUGGCCGACAGCCAGAGCCAGAUGCUGCACAACAAGAGGAACGGUCGCUAUGACGACGACUACACCAACUACCAGGAACAGAAGAAGCCCAUGACCGGCUAUCCAACCAAGAGCCUGACUCAGCGACGCCCCCUGUCUGCCAGGAGCUACAGCACUGAGACCUAUGGAGCAUCUCAGGCCCGUCCGGUGUCAGCUCGUCCCACCAUGGCCGCCCUGCUGGAGAAGAUGCCUCCUGACUACACCCUGGCAACCUGCCCCGAGAAAUCACCCGACGACACCAUCAAAGUCAGACCUGUCGUACCGCAGAAACCUGAAGAUAUCACGUCCAAGAUGCCUGCCGACUGGAGGCAACAGCUACUCAGGCACAUAGAGGCUAAACGACUGGACAGGAGUGGUGUCCUAAAGCACAACACGCUCACGCUGGGCAUGCUCUGUCAGGGCGGGGGUAACGGCCAGGGGCGCAGCGGCACUUUGAACUUUAACCUAUACAAUAACACUAAGCAUGAGCCCCCUGCUGGCCGCUGGCUGCCACUACCACCUGCUGCAUCUGCUAACGCUACUCCCUCUCAGCAGGCCGCCAUGCUGGACAAUGACCAGGAGGGGGUAUCAGGGAGCAACCAGUGGGCUCCCUACUCACUUGGCAGGAGGGAUGUCCCACCUGACAACCUCAUGAAAAAGGGUGCCCACUCCCACAAUACUUCACACCAAUCACAUAAUACCAUGAUUGUCACGUCCUCUUCGUCCUCCUCGGCUACCACGCCUCAUCGCGUGGUCGUGCAGCAGGCUUACGACGGAAUGAUGAAUAAGGGAGGCCAAUAUCAACCAGGGAUGCCCCUGUCAGUGGUUCCCUCUGGGGGCCCUGGGCAGUACCAAGGCAACAUAUCUCAAGCCCACACCGCUCCUGGUCAGGUUUACUCCAGCACCGGCAUGUCCAUGGCCCUGUCCCAGUCCGGGAACCAGCCCCAGUACAACCCCCACUCGUCCCACACCUCUCAUCAGCCGUCCCUCCCUGCCACUAACCCCCAGUACCACAGUAACCAGGGCAUGGUCCAUAGCAACCAGGUUGUCAUGACCACCCACACCAACCCACGGCCUCAGAGUGCCCGCAGCCUGUUGCAGACCAAAGGCCAGAAGAGCACAGACGGUUUCCAGGAACAGCUGUGCGUCAGAAUAGAGAAGAACCCCGGUCUGGGUUUCAGUAUCUCUGGUGGCAUCAGUGGCCAGGGGAACCCCUUCAAACCCUCCGACAUGGGUAUCUUUGUUACUAGGGUACAGCAUGACGGGCCCGCCGCCUGUGCCCUGCAGCCUGGAGACAAGAUAGUGCAGGCUAACGGACAUAGUUUUUUACACAUGGAGCAUGAGACAGCCGUCUCUCUGCUGAAGAGUUUCCCGCGGAUGGUGGACUUGGUGGUUCUGAGAGACAGCAGCAUGCGCUAAAAAAAAAAAGAAAAAAAAAGUAGUUUUAUAAAAAACAAACACAACAACGCUUCUUUUCUCUGCUCAUCACCAUCCCGCCCCCACACCACCUGCCCUCUCCUGGAGGCUUGUGGAACUGAAAAAUGAGCCAUCUUUUUUUUUUUUACCUUUUUAAGGGAACACACAGACAUUUAUUUGCCUAUUGCUGGACCAAAGGCAAAUAAAAUCAGUGCCAAAUGUACCAUAGGAAACAUAUCGGCUCUUCUGUUUACCGACGGUCAGCGAAAUGAUCGCCGGCACAGCGGACCACAAGAGGAACUCAGAGCUCUGGGUCCCAACACGGCUGCUGCAGUUUGGAUUUUUUUUGUGACUGGGUUGUUAAUUAUGCAGUCAUCUAACUGGUCAGACUACAGAGUAGGUUGUUUUUGUUGGUUAUUUUUGGGGUUCUGGGGUACAUUGUUGUUUGCUUUUCUGCACUUUGUGCAAGUGCUAUUUAUUAUUUUUUAUUUAUUUAUUUAUUUCAAGAUUCGGUCCACUCUCCAUCGUCCUUUUCCUUUGAUUUCCAUCACUGUCUCACUUCUCUUGCGUUUUCUUUUUUUUAAUUGUGUAUGUCUUCUGUUAAUGUUUUCCCUCCAGUGUACAGACAAAUUGAGAACUUAAGACUUUAUGCCUUGUGUACAUAUGUAGAGCUGCGGCUUUUUCUUUUCUUUUUUUUUUUCUUAGAGCUGCAACUCUCUUUGGGGCCUGGAAAGACUCAUUAAGUUUAUGAUAAAUACACUUAUUGUUAAUAGACCACAUUCUGAAUUCUCUCUCUUAUAAACAUACAGGGAUUAUUUCUCCAAAUGGAUGAUUUUUCUAAAGUAUAUCACAGAUUUAUUGCUGUAUAGAAGAAAAAAAAAAUCACAAAAUAUGAUUUUUCCUUGUCCAUAAUUGCUACUUUUCCUUUAUUUAUUAAUUAAUUUAUAUGUUUAACUGUUGCCUGCACAGCUGUGCUGAAAAGAGCUAAAGCAAUAUUCCCACGGCUCGGCCCAUUGAGCUUCUCAGCAGAGCCGGACUUGUCCUGCAGUGCCAUCUAUCGAGUGACUCAUGCUAAUGUUUACACACACACACACACACACACUGCCGUGCACAUGAACAAACAGGCAAACACACACACACACACGCCCACAAUUGUAAAACACUUAUUCACUAUGAUCUGUGCACUAUUGCAUACAAAAGCCCUGAGCCUGAUUUUAGAGUUUCAAAGCUACUAUUAUUAUCAUUAAUAACACCAUGCACUGUAACACUAUUCAUGAUACCCGUGCCAUAUUUUGAGGUCUUAUGUUUGUUUGUUUUUAAGUAGUGUUCCAGUAACGUCCCACGAUUUUCUAGUUGUUUGGGUUGUAUGAUAGCCACAGCAUGCUUUCAUAUCACUAGUCUCUGCUUCUAGAGUUCUAGCCUCUCAAUGUAUUAUACCACUGAGUUUCAGUAAGACUCGUGUUGUAAAGUUGGUGCCAUACAGACCCUGACUCUGACCCUUCCUGGUUCUAUUUACACAAGCCCAUUAUUACGUUAGAGCUUUACCUCUAUGUGGCCCAGAUCUGAUCUGAAAACACCGUGGGAGGAGCGGCGUGACUUGACUUGCGGCGUAAAGGGAAAUUAUUAUUAUUAUUAUUUUUUUUUUACUGUUGUUCCUUGUUUUAGAUCCGAAGUGUCAGCAACCAUCAAGUGAAAGUCUACAAGAGGAAAUGUGUUUGUGUCCUUUUGAGACAAUCGGUGGAAGGAUCCGAUCUGAGUCACAAAGGCGUUUGACGACACUUGAAAUUUCUGUGUAACUUUUGUAACCUGAGGAGAUGUGAAUCGAUUUAGAUGUGCAGGGGGAAUUCUAAUUUGCCACUUUUGCUGGUGAAUGUUCAAAAAAAAAAAAAAAUCACCUGUGCGGGGUUUAGGGUCGCUCUGUGUUUGAAACAGGUAAAUCAUAGAAAUCCAGAUGUAGAGACUUGUGUUGUUGCCAAAGUUGGGAGUCACAGCAAUGGGAUCACCUAUGACCUUCGUUGACAUGAUUCAGAACUAACUAUGACAGAAGUAAAAAGAAAAGGUGAAUGGGCUCAUAUUUCUGUCCGUGUGUAAACGCAGCACAUGUCCUGAAGGUGUCUCAUCUUUUCCACAGGCCUUUGCUAUUGCUGGACAUGACCGUGCCAAUUUUGUGCCAACUCUCUCAAUGAAGCAUUAGGGUUUCACGUGAUUUACCACAACGGACUGAAACAAAACCGGCACAGAUCAGUCGCGUGGUCGAGAUCUCGACCACAGGAACCCCCCCGCCCUAUUUAGAGUUUGAAAUAUCAAAGAUAUUGUGACGUGAACAGAGAAAAAAAGGUUUGAUAAUAUAAUUAUUUUUUACUACAUGUUUCAGGUAAUUCUUUCUAAAUAUAUUGAUAUACCUUAGCUUUGCUCAAAAAUUGUGAUAUUUUAUAAUGACACUUAUAAACAAAAGUUAUGGAUGGAAGUAUGCACAGUAUGACUUGGAGACCUACACAUGUACUCUCCACAAACUGUACAAAAUGUAUUUCUACUGUAAUUGUGAAUUUGUGUUAUACAAAUAUAUAUAUUAUAUAUAUAUGUAUAUGACUAUAAAAAAGGUCAUUCUUUUCUAUGUGUUUAAAACUACGUAUGAGCUGGACAAAUGUUGCGGACGGCGUCACUGUACAUAGCGGUGAAUGAAAUCUAAUUUAAAAAUGACUCAUAUUGAUUGUGAAUGUACUCAUGCUUUCUGCAGUACCUACACCUACCCAACUUGAAUGCUGCUUCUUCUGUUGUGUGAUUUGAAAAAAGACAAAAAAAGGAAAAAAGAAGUUCUUUGACCUCUGAAAGAGAGCGAGAGAGAGAGAGAAAAAGAGAGAGAGAGACAGACGCGCUGUGGAGUUGUGAGUCGGACAGAAAUUUUAGUGCUGAUUUAAGAGAACAUAUUUAUUUCUUUAUUUAUUUGCACAUGCAAGUUGAAAAUCCUUCCAGUUUUAAGUUUUGAGUAUUAACGCGGAGACAUGUAAUUGCUGAAGUAUAUAUAUAAUAUAUAUCAUGUGUUUAGAAUGCAUUUUGCAGAAGCUAUCUGUACAUACUAUUUAAGAUACAGUUUUUACAAAAAACAAUAUAUGUAUAAAAUUGGAAAAAAUGCUGUGCAAUGAUUAUACUGGAGCCAUUUUGGGCUUUGGGACGUACCAUUUUUUCAGUAUAUAAGAAGUGUUUUGAAUAAUGUACUAAAGUCUAUUGUACAAAUAAUAAAAAUGUCACUAUUGGUAA